AUGAUUAAUGCAUUCAAAACAUUCAGAACCCAAUCACCAGCUUUGACCUUCUCGGCGCCUCUGCCGCCGCCGCUAGGCUUGGGACGGAAAGCUUCCUGGGUCCGAUUCAAACAGACCACAACCCUGCGCUCUAGCGAGUCCGAUAGUGAGCACAACAUGGACAAGCCAGAGCCUAACCCUACUGAGAAAACUAGGGACAGUUUGUCACAUUCAUUUGGGGAGGGGUAUGCGACGAGGUGCGAUGACGAUGGGUUUGGAGUGGUAUAUGGGGGAAUCCGGUCAGUUACAAAUACGGAGGAGGAUGAGAACCACCCUGCUGUUGACAAGUCACAGGGAAGUGAGGUGCAGGAGAAGGAGGAAGCGCGACAUCAGACAUAUGCUUCAUCAUAA